AUGAUUGUUCGGCAACUUGUGCGGCAAAGCCGCCAGCUUCGGGCUCUUCCCCGUCAGUCGCGCAUCUUGUCCCGAUUCUCUUCCACGGAGACGACUGGCCAGACCCCAGUACAGACUAUCGUUGCGGAGCAAGCACCUCAAUUAGAGACGCCCGCACCGACUGUUGCAGUGCGGGAGCCUGGUACGUCUGGUGCACAAGAGAGAUUGGAUCCGAACACGCUCCGCCGAGUCAAAUUCCACAGUCUCGGUAGCGAUGUGACCGGCGUCUACCGGCCAGAGAGCCUCCUCAAAAACCCUCCUCAAGCCACCGACGUUACCCUCGAAAUGCUCCUCGCCAACCAGACACACCUUGGACACUCGACUUCCCGCUGGAACCCCCAGAACUCGCGCUAUAUCUUCGGUAUCAGGGAGGGAACUCACAUCAUCUCCCUUGAUGUGACGGCGGCUUACCUCCGCCGUGCGGCCAAGGUCGUGGAGGAGGUUGCCUACCGGGGUGGAUUGAUUCUCUUUGCGGGCACGCGAAAGGGACAGAAGCGUGCCGUGGUCAGAGCUGCGGAAUUGGCUCAGGGAUAUCACAUUUUCGAGCGUUGGAUCCCUGGUAGCUUGACCAAUGGCCAGCAGAUCUUGGGCCAUUGCGAAAAGAAGAUUGUGAACGGCUUGGAUGAGACGUUGGAUGAUCUCUGGAAAGAGGAAUUGGAAUCUUACCGUGCACUUAAGCCCGACCUUGUUGUUUGCUUGAACCCCGUCGAGAACGUUGUCCUGUUGCACGAGUGUGGUCUCAACAACGUCCCGACUAUCGGUAUCAUCGACACCGACGCCGACCCUACCCGUGUCACAUACCCGAUCCCUGCGAACGACGACAGUUUGCGUUCCGUGACUCUGAUUGCUGGUGUGCUGGGACGGGCAGGAGAAGUGGGUCAGCGGAGAAGAUUGGCGAGAGCGCGCAAGGGUCACUUGACGUAUGAACAUAUGGAGCCACUCCGUGUCCAAGUAGAGGAGCAGACUCUAGAGACCGCGGAAGGACAGAAGUCAGAAGCCUCCUCCCAGGAAGUUGUCUCUGAGGGAAGCCCGCUCGAGAAGCCUAAGGAAGAGGCUUCCAAGGAUGACGAAUAG